UCAAGAAAACAAAUGAUAUAAAACGGUUUCUGUUGUUGGAAAAUGAUUUUGUUUAAAAAAUGAAUUAUCCAUUUAAAUAAAGAGAUAAAUAAAAUAAUUUAAUUUUUCUUAGACAAUAAUAAUUGAAUUCAGUUGAAUUUGAUUCGUUCAUUUCGUUUGGAGAGAAAAACCUACUAAAACUUCUACUGUCACUUUUAACAUCACAAUGACAGUUCGCUAGUCAAAGCUGUGCAUUUAGCGCGAAAUUUUUGUGUUGCAGUAGAUUAGUUUGCUUUUGAACGAUUAUUUAAAAAUGUUAUUCCCUAGCGAAAAUUCGAUUAAAAAAUCAAUAGAUGAAUUCCAGCGUUUGUCCACCGCAAAAUAUGCUGAAUCAUCGAAGCGAUUCCAGUUGACUGAAAAGAAAACUGACUACAGCAAACAAUUUGCCCACAUCUAUUCCAGACGAUUGGAACAAAUGCGGCCACUUCUCAUGCAGAAGUCUAGUGAGAAAUGGGGCGACAAAUAUCAAAUCAAAAAGAUGACUGAUUUGCGUGAAGAAAACCCGGAGAAAUGUGUCAUCAUUGGUACAACAUUUGUGCAUCAAAAACUGAAGCCAAGUAUUUUGCGGGAAAUCUCCGAGGAAACACAAUUGGCACCGCAACCAAUCCGCCAAAAUUUUGCUGAUGAAUCAGAUACGCUGAUAUUGGAGGAUGAAGUGCAGCGUAUUCAACUUCUGGGUGAUUUUCCGGUUGAUCAGUAUGUCACUGGCAUUGUUAUGGCUGUCUUAGGUUAUGAAAAUGAUGAAGGGAAAUUUAUGGUGGAAGAUAAUUUAUUUUAUGAAAGUGGGCCACAAACACCACUAAAAGAUCUGACCUCAUCUCCGUUGCUGGUGUUUGUCUCCGGACUGGAUCAAUCGUCUACUCACGAUUUUACGAUGUCACUUGAAUUGUUCCAACAAUGGCUAUACGGAAAUCUACCUAAAGAUGGCAAAGACUUGGACUUCGAGGCAUCGAAUGUGGUUCGAGUGAUUGUGGCUGGCAAUUCCAUACGUACGUCAAUGGAAGUACGACCGAGAACGAUUUUGAUGCGACAACCUGAAUCGACAGUUACAUUGCAAGCUGUUAAGGCCGUUGAUGAUCUCGUGUACGGUUGGGCACAGUCCGUCAAUGUGGAUUUGAUGCCAGGUGAAUUCGAUCCAGCCAACUGUAUGCUGCCGCAACAACCAAUGCAUCACUUAAUGUUCCCCAAGAGCGCACCAUGCGGUGCAUUCAAAUGCGUAACCAAUCCCUACGAGUUUUACGUCGAAGAUCGUCUCAUCCUCGGAACAUCGGGUCAAAAUGUCAGCAACAUUCAAAAGUUUUCACACAUUGAAGACCCACUCGAUGCAUUAAGAUCAGUUGCCAAGUGGAGCAUUUUGGCACCGACCGCACCAGACACCCUAUCGUGUUAUCCAUAUUCUGACCAGGAUCCGUUCAUCAUUAAACAAUGUCCACAUAUUUUGUUUGCUGGCAAUUCAACAGAAUUUAAGACUGGCACCUUCGAAGGUUCAAAUGGCCAACGAACUCGGCUCGUUUGCAUUCCCUCCUUUUCCCAGACCGAAAGUGUGGCUGUCGUUAAUUUACGAACGUUGGAAUGUAAGCAACUCUGUUUCAAAGUCAAAGGAUUUGAUGACAUUGAAAUGUAAUUGAAAACCAUUCUUAUUAAGUAAACGUCGUUUCGUUUCUUUUUAUUAAAAUACCUUUAUUCUAAUGUUAAAUACAGUUGUUAGUUUUGGUAUCUAUAAGUUCCAAUAAAUAAGGGAAGAAAACCCAGUGAAAAGCAGGCAUAAGAACUUGAGCCAAAUUAUUUUUCAUUUUGAAUUAAUUGUCGUGAAUAUUCUGAUGUAACUAAAGAAAUGAUAUGAAAUAAAAAAUAAGUCGGACACAAUGAAAUAAAUUGAAUUUCUAAAUGAAAUGAUUAAAAUUGAUUUGCUGCGAAAAAUGCAUCUACAAAGUGUCUACCAUAUAUUAAUAAUUUUUAUCAUGAUAAAUAUGUAAAUAUGUUCAAGUGGAAGAAACGUUUCAAUUGCUUAAAUCUACAAUUUGUUUGUUUUUUUAAAUCAUUUUCAGUACACAUUCAGACAUAAUGUUUAGUCCCUAAAUACCUAUUGUUUUCUUUCUUUUUUUUAAAUUAUUAUUCAUUUUUCAAAAUUCCAUAUUCAUUUACACAUGUUCAAAAUGCUGUUCGUCAAUUUAUUAUGAAUUUGUUUUUUAUUUUUCGUUAUGAUACUGUGGCCGAUAUCACGAGUGUCUUUGUGUCGUAAAUUUUUGUUCAACUCAUUUUCUCCUGACAAAAUUCAUGCAUACACACAGAGAAUAAACAAAGGUUUAUGAUUUCCAAACAUUUCACAAAAUAUAAUCUAUAUGUUUGAUUGUUAACGAGAUAAAAUAUAUUGCUUUGUUUAAAAUAUCGAAACGAAUAGAUUGA